UCUAAAACAACACUUCUGCGUCUUGUAUCUUUUAGCGGAGUAUUUGGUUUUGUAAUGUAUUUUGCCAUGUGGACAGUAAACUUUUGGAUUAUUUCCUUUUCUGGGAUAAUUUUUUAUCUGCAUGUAUCGGCAAAUCCUGGUGUGAAUUCCGUUGACGAUCUAACAACAUCCCUUGAUAAUGCGUUGUACUCAUUUUCCGAGGAUUCUCCUUUUCUAAACAGCAGAAGCAUUAACACCGAAGGGAAAUACGCGCGAUGGUUUAAACGCGAUAGGAUACCUUACUACCUCGAUAAAACAUACAGCCCAACGGAAGCCGCUCUAAUAACAACCGCCAUUAAACAGGUUGUUUCCGAAUUGAACUACUGGGUCAAUUUUGUGGCAGUGCCGGCAACUUCCAAUGAAUACAAACUAAAGAUUACACCCGUAAAAGCGGACGGGUUCACACCGGAACAGAUCUGCUACUCGUUUCCGGGAAUGUUAACGGUUGCGCAAAAACUCGUGGCGGUCGGCAUUAAAGAACAGCGCCUGGUGUUAGCUCGGGGACGUACAGGCUGUUUAGAUGGGACUAUUCACUCUAUCAUGAAAUACCUGGCUAUCGCACUGGGUCUACGGAAUGAACACCAACGCGGAGACCGCAACAACUGGAUCCAGAUAUAUAACGGCAAUUUAACAGCAACCGGUAUUGCAGCCUAUAAACAGCACACAAACCGCGAAGCAAACUGGCAACUCUUCCCGUAUGACUACUGCAGCGUUACACACAACCAACCGGAAGAAUUUUCUAAUCCAGGAACAGCGGCUUUUGCUGUCCUGAAACCACCGCACUUCAUUCCAAAGCUAAAUCGACUAAGCGAGAGUGAUUGCAAAAUUCUCCUGAUGCUGUACAGUGGUGAUCCAUCAGCCUGUACUCCAUUAAACUGUGCCGGGUUAAUUAACCCGCAAAUCACAACUGCCGCCCCGCCCAUCCUAAAUCUGGUUCCCUUCACACCAGCUCCACCUCAAAUUAAAGCCAUCGCGGAACCGGCUGAGACAUCCGUGACCUCCAGUCCCGAUGGCACCACCACCAUCUGCCAGACCUUUCCCACCACUAUGCUGACCGCGACAACGACGACGACAACGACAACGCCCACCACCACGACUACAACGUCGACAACAACGACAACGACACCUGCCACCACGCCAACAACCACCACCACCUCUCCCAACAACACCACACUGCCGUCGACUACAUCCGCCACAUGCCCGCCGCCGGUAUGUCCGGUGUGUACCUGUGUGUCGCGCUGUGACCCCAUUACGACAUCAACGACAACGUCACCGGAUACAACAAAGAGUACCUUAGCGACGACGACAACCAACGCAUCGACGGCAACGACAACGCUUAAGACAACCACCACCACGGAAACGCCAUUAGCAGCUAAAAGUAUGUCGGUUGCCGAUGACAGAGACGAUAUCCCGAAGCGAUGUCCUGGCAGAAUGUGUUCUGGACGCGUCGAUUAUGCUGCGCUUUUUUUGGACGGUGAAAGUUCCAUUCUUAUUUCCGGAGAAUGCGCCCAAAUGAUCGACCCAUCCUUCCAGCUCGUCGGAGAUAUGAUACCGUUAACAGAUGUCAUUCCUGGCGGCGCCGUCAGCGGUCCCAUCCAGUCCAUCUGGACAAAUAUGAACGAUGAAGGCCAGUUCCGCGUGCAUAUUGUUGACAACUUUGGCGUUCAGCGCAACUGCGCAAUAACCCGCUGUGACGAAGAAGAAGCCAAGCCCCUGCGCCCCAUGACCAGCGUUUUCUCUUUCCAAAAUGGCGAUUCUGAAGACUUCCGGACAUUCGUGAUCGAUUCUAACGGCCAAACUAUUACGGACGAAACUGCCCCGGAUGAGCCAAUACAUUUGUCGGAUAUCCGUGGAACCUCAUUCAGCGCACAACCGCUCAAGACCAUAACGACCGCCUGGAUGAUGUACACUCCAGCCAGAAGCCGGGUGCUGGCGCUUAUUGGCAAAGACAAGAGCGGUCGGCAGUAUCUCGCCGAGGUCAAUGUGGAUUUGUCACAAAGACCGGCUGUGCUUUCGUAUAUUCCGGAUCGCCCCAUCAUGCCACUUUUUGCCAAACUUCGUCCUUGCCGUUAAUUAUUACCAGUGACCUGUAUCUGUGACUGUAAUUAUAUAAACGGAACUUCUUACAAUAAUUUUUAUUUUUUCACAAGUAAAACUCCAAUACAAUACAACGGUAAUGUUGUGGCUCGCAUAAAUGCAGCGAAGGGCUAUGGAUCU